GCGGCUGGGCAGCCUCGCCCCUCCGUCCUCCGGGGGUCCCAGCCCUCAGCCUGGCGGCUCGGCGCCGCGCCGGUUCUGGCGUUGGCCUGUUUCUGGCGGCGCUGAGACCUUGGUAGCAGAAAACAAAACCCAAGGUGGGGCCGUGCGAAGCCCGCGGCCGAGUCCCACCCGGGCUCCGUCACCGGGGUCGAUCCGAUUCUCCGAGGCAGCCGGAUCCCUGAUGGCGGUUCCUGGGUUCAGCCCCCAGCUCUGCCAUCCGCCAGCUGAGCGACCACGGGAGAGUUACUGCACCUCUCUGCCGCGUUCUUGAUCUAUAAAAUGCCUUUGGUGCUUCAUGAAGAAUAUUUCCAGAUACAUCGCUGACAUUAAACCUUUACCUCCCAACAUAAAAGACAGACUAAUUAAAAUAAUGAGCGUGCAAGGCCAGAUAACAGAUGCAAAUAUAAGUGAGAUUUUACACCCUGAAGUCCAAACUCUAGAUCUACGCAGCUGUGAUAUUUCAGACACUGCUCUCCUGCACCUGUGUAACUGCAGAAGACUGAAGAAAUUAAAUUUAAGUUCCUCAAAAGAAAACAGAAUGUCCAUAACUUCAAAAGGAGUAAAAGCUGUGGCUUCGUCUUGCUCACACCUGCGCGAAGCCUCUCUGAAACGGUGCUGCCGUCUCACGGAUGAAGGCGUCCUGGCUCUUGCACUCAACUGCCAGCUGCUAAAGAUCAUUGAUUUAGGGGGCUGCUUAGGCAUUACCGAUGUGUCCUUACAUGCAUUAGGGGAAAACUGCCCAUUUUUGCAGUGUGUUGAUUUUUCAGCUACUCAGGUGUCCGAUAACGGUGUGGCUGCACUUGUGAGUGGACCCUGUGCCAAGAAACUAGAGGAGAUUCAUAUGGGACAUUGUGUGAAUCUGACUGAUGAGGCUGUAGAAGCUGUCCUGACUCGCUGUCCCCAGAUACAUAUAUUGCUCUUCCAUGGAUGCCCCCUGAUAACAGAUCAUUCACGAGAAGUCUUGGAGCAAUUAGUAGGCCCGAACAAACUAAAGCAGGUCACUUGGACUGUUUAUUGAUACCUGUUGAAGCUUAUCAAAGCUAUGAUCUUCAUACUACUUUCCCAGAAGACAGUUGUCUUGAAGGCUGGCUUUCCAGUAAUGUGGUUUGUGCUUUGAAGUUAACCAGACUCUUAAACAUUUUAAUAGUGCUAUUAUUCUAUGUUUGUUCGUGAGUCAUUGUUUUUGAAAUGGGAAUCCUAGCAUGCCCUCUGAUGUAUGGCGGGGAAGAGGGAAGUGGUAUUGAUUUAAGUAACAAAGUUUUAAAAUAAUUUGUUUUUCCUGGAUAUCUCCUUCUCCUACCUAGAUAUUUGAGCUGUUAGAAGAGAAAAUUACAGUAUGGAUAACCAUUAGAACUCUAAAUAAAGGUAUUUCUAAAAGCA